UCACACACAAUAAACGAAUCUACCCAACACAUUUAUAUACCACUUUUUUCUCAUUUAUUUUACACCUUCAAACCCACUUAGUUCAAGCUUAGAAGCCCUAUUUUUCUCAUUUGUGCAACCGGAUUUUUUUUCUUCCGUUUGUGAUACUCGUUAUGUCUGGACUUGGACACGAUGACGAUCAUGACGAAAGUUCGAUAUUUUUCCCCAAUGGGAACUCAUCAGAUGUCAACAGUAAGAUCAUGCUAGUUGCAAUUAUAACUUUAUCUACCGUUGUGGUGGUUGUAACCAUGCUACAUGUGUAUGUAAGGUAUAUACUUCGCCGUCAAGCGCGCCGUCGAGAGGCGUUUCAAGGUAUCGGGCUAGUGCCGCACAUCCAAUCUCACGAGCUGCCCAAACGGGGUCUUGAACCCAUGGUUAUUGCAUCUCUCCCUAUACUCAAGUAUGAGGACGGUGAUAAUGGGUCGGCCAAUUCACGGGUCAACCCUGAAUGUGCAGUUUGUUUAAGCUCAUUCGAGGAUGGUCAGAUGAUCAGGGUCUUACCAACCUGCAAACAUCAUUUUCAUGUUGAGUGCAUUGACAAAUGGUUGGAGUCACACUCCAGUUGUCCCAUCUGUCGUCAUGAGGUAGAGCUCAGCCCGACCAUCUCGCCCUUGCCCCGUGAGCCUAGUACUAGAUUAGGGGCCGGGGCUAGGGCAGGGGCGGGCCUACCCUCCGCUCCACCUGUAGAUCAUACAACUUCCGUAGCAGUAGCCAUAGAAGGGACAUCCGAUGAGAUGCUACAAUCGUCUGUCAAAGGCAAUGGAAUGACCUCCAGAUUGAGUUCUUUUCGAAGGAUGCUAAGCAUGGACCGAUCUUCGCGACGCAAUAAUUCGUGCACGCAAGAUGGAAUCGAUGAUGUUGAAAGACAAUGAGUGGAUCAAUAUUGCAAUGUUUAUUGUAACAUUAUAUAUACUUAUUGCUUGAAUUUAUUAAAUCUUUGUUUUGUUUAAA